UAAUAUACCUACUAUUUAAUAUACUUAGUAGUAAUAUAUUAUUAUAGGCUGACUUACCGUUUUCGAUCAGAAUCUUUUUUUGUAUACAAUGAUAUUAUAUCAUUGAAUUCAAAUUUAACACCAUCCAUCACAGUAACCUACUGUACAGCAGAGCAACACCCACUUGCCCACUUUUUAUUUUUUAUUUUACAACCGUUGCUUCGUAGGCCGUGCACAGUAAGUAAAUUUUACAUAAGAAAAAUGUUAUGAAUUUAAUUUAUAUAAUUUUUAUCGCGGUCUCUAAACGUUAUUAGUUAUUGGUUUUAAAAAACAAAAUACGCUGGCUGAUAUGUUAUUUUAUUCCAAAAGACUCCUGCCAACAGGAGUUGAUUAAAAUUUUCAACUUUGGUGUUGUUGUGUAUAUAAUAUUUAUUAUAUUAUACCCAACCAGCCUUGAGUAUUACAUAUUUUUUAUCGCUGUGAAAUAUAUUGAUAAAUAAAUAUUCACGAUGGACAUUCACGUCGAUCCUUAUGACAACCAUUACACUCUAAAAAUGUUACUGACUAACAACAUUAACGGAGUAAUAAACUGGUUGCAGAAUUCUGCCAAUUUCGGACCGCCCCGACAGGACGGGACACCCUUCAACCGAAUGACGGUAACGAGAUCGUGGUUUGACGUUUACGCCACUACAGGACUUGGCAAAACCAAAUCCGCGUCUAAAAUGGACUGUUUGAUUCAAAUCACGCAGCUGAUGAAAGAAAAUUUUCGUAUUUCACGUUUGGGUUCGCACCAAUUGCCAUGGAACACGAAACAUAUCAUCGAUUUGCCAAAUGCUAUCUACAUAGCGGAGAAUUCGUCCAUAUUUCCGAAAGAACAAGUUGAGAAACUCGGUAUCUUAGGAUAUUUUUUGGACACCAGCAACUCAAAAUCGCCCUUACAAAUGCUUUAUGACAUUUCUAACAUAUUGAUAACGCGGCCAAGAGUAAACGUGACGACCAAAAGCGGUAUGCAUGUUUGCAAGCAUUACGUGAACUUAUACUGUUCAACGGGACUGGGACUGACAGUAGAAGACGCGAAAACGAGGUCCGCUGAGCAAAUGCUGAACACGCUGCGAAAACUAUGCGGUUUUGUACAAAUGGUGAAAUUACCGUUAUUGGAUCACCCGGGAAAUUACGGAAAUGAACAUCAAAUGUGUUUGUGCUUGCCGAUCGACGAUCAGUACAAAAUUAAACUGAUCAAAUACUUUUUGGAAUCGCCCAAGGUGCCGCACACCGUGCAACUCAAAGAACUCGCGGCCUUGUUAAAUGUGGUCGUGAAAUAUUCGGACACGGGGUCCAACGGCAAACCUGGUGUGGCUUGUAAAUUUGGACCUCACGUCACAGUCGGCGUAGGUGCUACAAAAAUGAUAAGCGUGUUCAGGUCGCGGAAGGCAAUGUUGAACGAGCUGAAACUGGUGUGUGGAUUCGUGCAAUAUCCGCGAACGUUCGUGCCACCGGACUGCUUAGAUUAUACGAUGGCCGAAGACGAUGAGAACAACAACUGCUACAACAGACCAAACAUUUCCUUCCCGGGCUUACUGCAGCAGGGUAAUCACCCAUCGAACGAAAUGUUUCCGGCCGCACCCGUCGAGUAUAGGGACACGACGGUGUCCAAUCACGCAGAAACGACUGCGAUCCCUACCGUUGUAAACACUGGAGGAACGGUCGAAAUCGUCGUGCGGGAGGGCGUGAUUACGAGAGGUGCGUUUAACCCAAACCUCAGACCGAACCAUAACUCCUACAGUCCUAUCCGACCAAAGCACAGCUGUUGUGUGAUCCGGGGCUCCACGACGGAAGGAUUGACCGAAAAUUCCGAUCGAGGACUAGACAUGGGGCAGUGAACACAAUUAUUAUUAUGUAUACACGUCAUGUGUUAUUUACCUAUAUACUUAUCAACUAUAUCCGAUCAUGUGUAUAUUAUAUAU